CUCCAACUCCAACACCACUUCUUCCAUUUCUGGCAUCCAUCCCACAUCCUCACAUUCCCAACUGGUUUCAACUUCCCAAAUUCAUCCUCACAACUCCCAAAUCCCAACUUCCAAUCCUCCCCAGCACAUAUAAAAAUGGAUUCCCUAACCACCAUUAAUCAUCAUCCGACAUGUCACACUCUCGCGCCAGCAGUCUCUCCCCGCCCUCCGACGGCGGCCCCACCUUUCGCGGAGUCAGGAAGAGGAAGCGAAGCCAGAAAUGGGUCUCCGAAAUCCGGGAGCCCCGAACGCCCAAUCGGAUUUGGCUCGGCACAUUCCCCACCGCCGAGAUGGCCGCCGUCGCCUACGACGUGGCGGCGCUGGCCCUCAAGGGGAAACACGCUGACCUCAACUUCCCCAACUCCUCUGCUUCCUUGCCCGUCCCGGCCUCCACCUCCGCCGCCGACAUCCAGGCCGCCGCCGCUAGUGCCGCCGCCGCUGCUGGGGCCGCGGUGGACGCUCUCGUCGGCGGAGGAGGGAGUGUGGACAAGGCGGAAGAAGCACAAGCAGAAGCCGCGGCGGCGAAGACGCCUUUGGCGGGUGAAUUUAUUGAUGAGGAUUUGAUCUUUGAUUUGCCUAAUGUUCUUGCGAGCAUGGCCCAAGGGAUGCUCAUGAGUCCGCCGCGGUUUGGCUUUGUCGACGACGACGCCGGCGAUUUUGAAGUAUCGGUAACAGACGAUUACCUCUGGAACUAUCCCUAAUUAAAAUCGAAACCAAAAGCGCUAGUCACUGCUUCAACAGCGAUCGUGAUCAUAGAUAAUUAAGUAAUGUUACGUUGGCUCAAUGUAUAUAUAUGUAUAUAUUUUUGGAAAAUAACACACGCGGUCGCAAUGAAGAGCAAGAUCGAAUGGAAAAAACCUCUAUUUCUAAUUAUCAUCAGACUACACAAUACAAUAUGUUACUUUUGAAUUAAUUGGUUGCUUGCAUAUAAUUUUGUUUUUGGAUGAAGCAAAGAUAGACCUAAUAUGA